UCUGGUAUCGAAUUGUUCAAAUGUGUUUACUCGAUGAUUCUCCUCGUCUUCUCCAUAAUUGUUGUCCUUGCCGCAAUCUUCUCGGAACAAACUGUGGCUACUGGCGAAAACAACGUCAACCCUGUUCUUGCAGUCUUUCUUGUUUGUUUCCUCAUCACGUGGCUCGCUAUGAUGGAAGGUGGACAAGGAGCCCUCGUUGGCCUUCAACCCAUUGACAAGGAAUUGUACGCUGUAUCACACCCACGGACGUAUGCAUGCACCAAACUCGCCCACCAAGGAAACAAUAUGGAGCGUGUCAUUGUAGGUCGUCAGUUCUUGGUGGUCUUGGUUGUUUUCGUCACCAACUUGAUGGUGUCCUCUAUAGCAAAUGCCUCGGUACUAAGCCUACCCGAUGCUAUCAAUGAAACAUUUCUCGCCACCGGUCUCGCCGUGACACUGACCGUAAUCAUCGUCGGACAAUUGACCGCACAGGUGAACGCGGCCAACUGCAUGCUUGACUUUAUCAACAAUUACUUUAUGCUUUUCACAAUAUACACGUCGCUGGUGAUUGAAGCUUCUGGUCUUUUGCAUUCCGUGUAUCUUGUUCAGACCAUUUUCUCAAAAAUGUCUGGCACCCCUAUCGAGUCCAACGAACCCUCACGCAGCGUCUUCCAGAGUCUGCUGUUCUGGGGGCGUGUGGCUAUGUCUCUGGUCCUUCUUGGCUUCUCUUUUGCCGUUUUGCUGACUGCACUUUUCAACGGAAAGACUAAUAUGUGGGACGGCAUUCCAGCAAUUGCUUCCGUGAUUAUCUUCUUCAUCUUGAUGGCUGUAGUCGGUAUCAUGGAAGGGAUGCAGAUUGCUCUCUUCGCCGUCGUGAAUCUCCCCAAAGAGGAACUCAGGAAGCAUCCAAUUGCUUACGCCAACUGUGGAUUGACGUUCAGUGGCCAGAACUUGCAGGCUUUCUUGAUCGGUCGCCAGAUAUGUGUUACCGUGUGUACGUUUGUGAUAGCGCGUAUCACUUCGGUGAGCGUCAACACUGACAUUGGCGAGAACAAUGUUUUUGGAGUCAGUGACGGGAUUCAGAACUUUUUCAACACGGGUAUGCUCGGAGCCCUAGUGACAACGAUAGUUGCGUCACUGGCGUGGCGUAUCAUUGCCUCGUCACUCCCGGUAGCCUUUAUGUCCAAUCCUCUCAUCUACUUGAUUAUUCGUUUGUGUUUGAUACUGGAAGCGACUGGACUGUGCUCGGCCGCAUGGGUAUUGGCAUUGCUGCAAAAAUCCCUUGCUGGCUACCAAAGGGACGAUGUCUACAUUGGCACCGCCGGCGAACGCGUCGUUUUCGCCAAGGACGGCAGCGAAUUGCAU